AUGACAAAUAUUAGUAUUGAAAAGGAGAAUCAAUCACAAUUCAUUGAGAUUAGAGAUCUUACUUUGAAGGCUUUCGAUGGUGAUUUAGAUACUGCCAAUAUCAUAGAGAAACUACGUGAUGAAAAGAAAGAUGUUUUAUCAUUGGUAGCGCUAGACAACGAUAGAUCAGUUGUAGGUCAUAUUAUGUAUAGUGAAAUGCAAGUUACAUUGGACGACGGCAAACGGAAUAUAAGAACAGUGGCGUUGGCACCGGUUUCAGUUCGACCAUCACUACAGAAGCAAGGCAUUGGCAGACAACUGAUAGAACAAUCAUUACGGAUGCUCAAAGAUCAAGGUGUGGAAGUUGUCAUCGUACUUGGUCACCCGACUUACUACCCGAAAUUUGGAUUCAGCGCAGAGUUAAUCAAACAUUUAACAGCACCUUUCGCAGGUGAGUCUCUCAUGGCAUUGGAGCUGAAAGAAGGCUCACUAAAAUCAACGAAUGGCACUGUUCGAUAUGCGGAUAUUAUUGAUGGACAUCAAUGUCAAAGAGAUUGGUUGUUGACAAAAGAUCAACAAUCGGUCGAUUUUUGGGUGACAAUUAAGCUUCCUGGUUUCAUGGACCUCUAUCUAUAUCAUGAUUCAUUGAUGGAUUCACCAAUGUUUUUAGUAAGAUUAAAGAUAGUUAAUAUUGAUGAAAAGAUUUAUUUUCUAAGUUAUUUAAACCCAGAUAUCGAUCGUGGAACAGUUGCAUCUAUAUCUGGUUCAAAGAGAUUCAAUACGAUUGAUAGUACUACUCAAACCAUUCAAGCAACCGAUAAUUUCAAAUUCCAUUUAUUUGCUCAACCCUUUACUAAUCAGAUAAGUUCUAUUUGGAACAAUUUAUUCCAAACGGAUUGUAAACACCAACCAUGCCUCCCAUUUCCAAAGAAGGGAUAA